AUGAAAUCAUGUUGCUCCAUGUGACCGGWGUUUUACCGCACAAUUUUAAAAGAUUUUGCGAAGAACAUUAUGGAAAUACGAUAUAGAAGAUAGCGUUCUUGUGAAAUUCAUGGGUGCAACUGAAAGUCAGCAUUUUGACGAUGAAGACGAUUCAAUUUUUACCAACAAGGAAGGGAACGAUGGAGAAAAAGAGUCAGAGGACAAAGAUGCUGUUAAGAAAGCGCCGCCAGACGACUGGGCAACAAAGGCCCCAACUGUACCGGAGGACCUGAGACACGGCCUKGCGACCGUAGCACCCGCUGACACGACACACCUAGAAGGAGUCUACGRGGAUUUYGAGGUCAUUGGAGAAACUGCAUUCAUGAAAGCUGAAAAUGAUCAUUCUGAUCCAUAUGUGGUGAAGGCUGAUGCGAAAGAAAUUUCUGAGAACAUUUGCAAGAUGGAGAAUGAUGGUUUAUUUACAGAUAACCUGCAGUAUUUCAGACCUCACCUGAAGAGAUCAAUGUACAAGAAAAAACGCAACAGCAUCGAAGAGUCGCAAGGUCCUGCCGGAGGAGGUUCUUCAAAACUUGCAAGCCUUUUUGGACACGACAGAGCUUCAUUCUCUGGAGGCAACGAAUCGUUAACGUACACGGCGCCUAAGCAACCCAAGAAAGAGAAACCAGCUGCAUCACAAGGCGAUGCACCUGCAGUUGUGUUUGCAACAGCUGUUCAUGCCUAUAAAUUUGUUGAAAAUCAAUACAAAAAUCAGGGAAAACUUGGUGCUGCUGUUCUGGCAAACCAUACAACAAAUGACUACAAGAUUUUGCUCUAUGCUGCUAAACAACAGCAAGUUGCCAUGGCAAAAGUGUACAAUCAAUUUCCUUUUACUGUGCAAGCGAAUAAUUAUGCCAGUUUCUGUGAUGAUCAAAGACAGCGCUGGUCAAUAUGCUUYGAUUCAGCUGCAAAUGCAGCACAGUUUUCAAAACAGAUUGGUUUAGCUCUCUAUAAUAUGCAAUCAAACUCGCUCUGCACACAAGAUCUUGUUCUUGGUGAUUCUCAGCCUGUAGAGGUGGGAGAUGGUGUUGAAGUGAAGUAUACUGGUUGGCUUUGGACAAAUAACAUGUUUGGAAAGGUAUUUGAUAGCAAUGCAGAAUCGGAAAAGACAUUCAAAUUCAGAACUGGAAAAGGAAAAGUAAUAAAGGGCUGGGAUCAAGGUGUUAUUGGUAUGAAAAAAGGAGGGAAAAGAUUUAUAGGAAUUCCACCAUCACUUGCAUAUGGRGAAAAGGGAGUUGGAGGUGGAAGAGUUCCUCCAAAUGCCUCAUUAUURUUUGAAGUCGAAGUACUUAGGAUAAAAUCAAAAGAAAAUACUGAUAAUGGUGAAGCAAAAASCAGUCCAAGAACACAGUCUCCAAUGACUGUCCCUGAGCCAAAAGARUCAUCACCUCAAAUGCCUUCUCUGCCAAAUAUAACCAGUGAACCAUCUGGAGUGAAGAAAAGAUCUGAUUCUUCCACAAGCAUCAAAGGAAGAACUGCUUCCCUCARUGAACAACUUUCUCAAUCUCCAGGCAAGAAUUCAGACAAGGCCAAACUACUAGCACGCAUGUCAAAGAUGGGCAAGAAUGUAUUGUCUUCUGGAGCGCCAACUGUCACUGACCUUGAUAAUGAAGAAGAAGAAGAGGAAACAAACUCUAUUUCGUCACCAACUACUGAAACAGACCCAGUAGAACAUGAAGCUCCUAUAUCACCAACGUCACCUUCACCAAAACACAACCCAGUGCCUGAACAAACCCACUCAAAUCCACGUCCUAAUCCAAGGAGUAAGCCCCAUGUACCUCAAAGACCUGUUCCAGUGCAGCCACACCCAGAAGUACAUCACCAUCCCUCUGUGCCUGCCACAGGGUACCCAACACAGCAAGUUGCACUCUAUCAGCCACCACAAGCUGCGAUGCCCAUGAACUAUCCCAUGAUGCAACAGCCACAAGCACAGUUCUACCAACAAGCACCAUUUCCGGCCCAGGCCUUCCCACAACCUCAACCUCCUCCUCAGGCCCCUGCACCACAGCAAAGUACYUCMARUGAUACYCUARUGCCAGUYUUAAUGGCAGAAACACGSCAGCAACAGAGUGAGGUCCGUGUAGCUAUAGGGAAGGUCGCUGAUAAAGUAGAUGAAGUUUUGAAUAAGGUUGGUGAGAUUCAGCGUGGUUCAGGAUCUCUUGUACCAGCUGGACCAGGAAGUGGAAUUCCUGGAAAUGGUAGUUCUAUCAUGGAGGCUUCAGUUCUUCUUCAUAAUAUAACCAGGAUUGUGCAAGAAAAUGAAAAGCUUAAAACGGCUGAUAAUGAAAAGUCAUUAAAAAUUGAAUCAUUAAAUGAAAAGAUUGCAGAGCUGCUUCAUAAAAAUCAAAAAUUUCUAGAGAAAAGUAAUGUAAUGCUGGAACAAAGUAGUAAUUCCUUACAACACAAUUCUGCRCAAAGUCAGGCCAGAGUACUCUCUCUUGAACAAGAAAAGAUAACGCAAACUGCUGAGUUAACGGAGUUGAAGACUCGCCUUAACGAAGCAGAAACACUUCUUACAGCACUGAGAAAGCAAGAAUCAGAAAUGAAGAGCCAAGCGAAUAAAGCAGCACUCAAUGUAACCAAGUACCAAGAAGAGCUAGAACAUAUGAAAGAAAUGCACGAAGAAAAAGUUUCAGAGGCCUCAAAGUUGAAGCAAGAUUUAAAAGAAGAAAAGCAAACGAGGAAAAGGGUAGAAAGCAGAGCAGACCGUGUCGAGGAAGAAAUUGCUGACCUGCGACAUGAAAAAGAAAGUCUAGAGAAGAGUAUAACUGAGCGAAAGAGAAAGCAAACUCAGGAUAAACGAAGGUUUGAAGAAGAAUUAGAGGACCUCAGAAACCAGCAUGAGGAAGAAAUUCAAAAGCUUAAAGACAGACACAGAAGAGAAAUKAAAUCCGGAGAUCCUUCUGCAGAGAAGAUUGCAGAGUUGGAGAGUGAGCUGGAAACCAGGUGGACYGAGAAGUCUGCAAAAAUGGUGUCCCAGUGCGAACAAAAAUGGAAGAGAAAGUAUGAUGAUAUUGUUGAAGAAAAAGACGAAUUGUCGAAAAAACUUACCGCGUUAAAUGAAAAGACUUCAGAGUUGAAAUCAUCCCAAGAAGAAGGAGAAGAACAAAUACGACAUCUUCAAAGUCGAAUCGACGACCUGACGUCGGAACGAGAAAAGAUUGCAAGCUCGAAAGGUGACAAAGAUUUGGAAAUUUUACAAUUAAAAGAAACUGUUGAGAAGCUUCGUGAAUUUGAAUCAAAAUUCCACGAUGUCAGUUCAAAAGCGCAUGAAAUGAAAGAACAAUUUGAACAAGAAAAAUCAGAUUCAUAUCGUAAAGGACUUGCUGAUGGACAGAGUCAGGGCGGACAGCAAUCAGGGAAAGAAGAUGUAGCUAGUGAA